UGAAGACAAGCGAGGAUCGAGUUCGCAGGUAAUUGCGUUCAGCAACCAAAGUACAACGCUGCAGAGUACUGUUGCAUCCGUGUCCAUAAAAAAUUCGUUAUGACAAUUCUUAGGGGCCUUUUGCCCAGACCAUGAUUGCGAAGGAGAUGAUCAGAGGCACCAAACACGAACCAGUUUAUUUUGCGGCGAUAGUUACGGAGCGGAGUAAAGAACAGUUAAAUUAAAUCACUUUAUCGUAUCUAUUCAAUAAAUGACUGCAAAAGAUAAACCUUCACGGAUUGGCGGAUAAAUAGGGGUAUACGUGAGGCGCCCGCGUCCCGCGCGUUGUUGCUGGUCCAAAACAACCUCGACACAACUCUAGCAGAUUUCUGGCCCUACAUCCUCCAUUCCAUACAGUGGGCCGGAGACCAAUUGCAGCUAUCCCAAACAUUAUUGUUCUUUACGGACUCGAGUUUUACUUCCCCUUCCAAAAUGCCAAUGGAACUCAGAAAGCGAAAGGCUCCCGCGGAGCCCAAAGACGCGCGUGCCACCAAGAAGAAGGCUGAUACCAAAGCCUCAGCGCCCAAGGCGAGAGAAUCAAAGGCCAAAGCGAAAGAAACGGAAAAGAGCGAGCCAUCACCAAGCCGUGAGCCUCCAACUGUGGGGGCUAUUCUCGAUCUAGAGCAAUAUCAAGACGAAGUCCAGCUUCAAGAUGCUACCCCCUCUUCUCUGAAGGCGCUCCUAGAGUCAAGCAAAAAUGGCGUGGUGCUCUUUACGUAUCCUAAAGCCUCUACUCCUGGAUGCACGAGACAAGCGUGCAUGUUCCGCGAUGGUUACGACCGCCUUUCCUCAACUGGCUUGUCGAUCUACGGCUUAUCCUCCGACAGCCCGAGCGCCAACACCAAAUUCAAGGAGAAACAGAAGCUCCCUUAUCCAUUGAUCUGUGAUCCGUCAGCGAAGCUGAUUGGUGCCAUCGGCCUGAAGAAGCAGCCCAAGGGAACAAUUCGUGGAGUGUUUGCUAUCGACAAGGCCGGGAAAGUGCUCCUCAACAAAGCCGGAGGCCCUGAAGCUACCGUCACUCUCGUUGAAAACUUAGUGGCUGGGAACUUGGAUUCUAAUUGAGCCUGAGGUCUCGUGUAUGAUGGAUUACUCCUUUGUAAGGGUGAGUCUGGGUCUUCAGUGUUGUCUGCAGAGGUACAUAACUCGACGUCCAGUUGUGAAUCGGAUUUAAUGUAUUGACAGCCCGUGUUUGAUAUUGCGUUUCAAACUGUAUUUUGAUAG